AUGGAUGGGAAGGAGAAGUGGGACGACAUCGAGGAGAGGCUGGAGAAGCUGAGGGAAACCCUCUGGAUCUCACUGGGACCCACCAGCUGUGGGAAUCCCUGCGGAUCCCCCCGGGAGUGCCCCCCCCAUCCCGGCAGCGACGGCUCCAGACGUGUGACCGCGUGCUCCGAUCGUGUGUGGAGCAGCUGGGCCUGGGGGGGGCCUGGCCCUCCCCUCGUGGCCCUGGCCCAGGAGGCUGCCAGGGGCUACCUCAGCGUGGUCCCAAACCCCCCGGGCCUGUACUUGGAGAAGAUCCUCUUCCACUUGCUCAGGAACGCCGUGAAUUCCUGCCGGAGCACCGGGAAUUCCUGCUGGGCUGCGGCUGAGCUGCUGCGGGAGCGACUCCGAGCCUACACCCCCCUCCAGGACCCCCCCAAGGACUUCACCACUGUCACCUACAACACCUUCUGUGUCCUCUGGAAAGGGGCAGCGGCCCUGGCAGGGCCUGACCGGCCUCGGGAAGAGGGAAGAUCCCUGUUUUCUGCCCAGAUCCGUGCCCUGCGCUUUCUGCUGCUGCUGGAGCGGGACGGGGGGUCUCUUCCCCCUCUGCAGCCCCCCUUCUUCACCUCCCAGACAGCCCAAAAGGCAGCAGCAGCCUCUGCCCUCUACGAGGCCGAGAGGGCUCCCUGCCCUGUGUUCCUGGCCCGGCAGCUCCGGGAAUUCCUCCUGGAGACUCUCCGGGAUGAAGCCCCAAAUCCUCCCGGGAUCCAACACUCCCUGUGCUUCCUGGAGCUCACCCUGGAGUGCUCCAGGCACCUCUGCAGGGCUGGCAGGUUCCACGAAGCCCUGGAGGCCCUGGAGGAGGCCAAGGCAUUCCUGGGGCGCUCCAGGGAGGAUUUGGGGGCCCCCCUGGCGCUGCUGGAGGCCGGGAUCCAGCUGGGAAAGGGGAGGUCCCCCCCAGGGCCCCUGCUGUCCCAGGCAGCUGCAGCACUGAGUGGGGAGGGCUCAGAGAGGACCCUCAGGGUGCUGCUGGAGGGGGCCCGGUUUGUGACAGCCCAGCUCGGGGAGGGGACGAGGAGGAGUCGGGAGCUGCCCUUCAGCCUCGAGGACCUGCCCGGGCUCUGCGCCUUCACCGAGGGGCAUUGCUGGGCCCUGCAGCGGCUGCUCGGCAGGGUGCCCCCCGAUGCCCUCAAGCAGCAGGUGACAGUGAAGCAACUCCUGUUCCGGAGCCUCCAGCUCUUCUCCAACACCAUCCACGACACCUUCCAGGGCUCCCAGCCCUCAGGGUGGCUGGGGCUGGCCCAGGUGAGCAGGAGCUGCACCCGAAGCGUGACCUGGAUGGUGGAGGCUCUGGGGGGGCUCCCCGAGACCGACAGGGCCAAGUUCCUCGAUGUCACCGCCUCGUGCACCUUCAAGUUGGGCUUCGCCUUCCAGAGCCGGAACUUUCUGGAGGAGGCCGGAACCAUCUGCGAGCCCUUCUGCAGGGGGGUGGGGGAACUGGGGGGCUACGGCUGCCCUGACAUCCCCCCAGAGAGGUUCCACAAGUGUUUCCGGAUGCAGGUGGAGAGCUGGAAGCGCCUGGGGCGGCCAGAGCGGGCUCUGGGCUCGGUGACCACGUGGCUCCUGGCCCUGCCAGCCUGGGGGGGGUUCUGAAGGCCCAGCCGGGGGGGGCUCCUGCACGAGCCCGUGGGACUCUGGGCCAGGAUCAAAUCAGAGGCGGCCAAACAGGGCCAGGAGGAGCUGCGGCUGCGAACCCUCAGAGACUCCCUGGAAGGCCAUUCCCUGGACAGGGCCACCUUGGUGUCCCUCCUGCUGGCCGAGCUCCAGGCUUACAAGUGCCUGAAGUGGGACACGGGGCCGGAGCGUUACAACGUCCUGUGUGACCUCCUGGAGCUCUGCCCCGAGGACCCGGGGGGGCUCCUCCCGAGGGCUCUGGGGCUCCUGGAGCUGGCCCAGGUCCUGUGCUACCACAGCUUCGCCCCCCACACCGACUGCUCCGCACUGGACGCAAUCCGGGAGGCCCUGAGGCUGCUGGAAAAGGUGCCCCAGAAUUCCCAGAACCGGGAUCAGCUCCUGGAUGAGAAGGCCCAGGCCCUGCUCUGGCUCCACAUCUGCACCCUUGAGGCCCACAUGGAAAAGGGCAUGGAGAGGGAGCAGAGGGGGAGGACCCAGGGCAGCAGGAACCUGGAGGAGUUUGAGCCCAACGACCUGAAUGCCGAAGGAAGGGCGGGAGAGGAGCUGGAUCCGCAGGAUGGGAUCAGCUGCACCCUGGACACCGACAGGGCUCUGACCAAAAGCCUGGACGAAGCCUUUUCCCUAUGGAAGCAGCUCGUGGAAUCCCCUGGAAUUCCCUGUGUUCGGAGCCUGGAACAAACCGUGACCUCCCUGCACCUCCUGGCCACCCUCUACAAGCUCCUGGCCAAGCCCAUCCAAGCCCUGGAGAGUUUCCUGCUGCUCCGCUCCUUGUGCCGGAGCCUCAGUGACACUCCCGGCGCUGCCUGGGCCUUGUCCCACCUCACCCGCCUGCUCCUGCAGCUGGAAUGUCCCACUCAUGCCCAGGUUUUCCUGGAAGAGCUGGAGUCCAUCCUGAGGGAAUUCCCAGGUGGAGAUGAAUCCCAGCAGCUCCUGCAACAUUCCUGCCUCCUGCUCCGGAGCCACCUGUGCUGUGUCAGCCAAAAAGUGGAGGAGGGGCUGUCCCUGCUCCUGCAGGUUCUCCAGAGCCCCCUGGCCCAAAAGGCCACCAAGGGCUGGUACCUGCUCCAGGCCCAGGGGCUCCAGGUGGUGGCCACAUACCUGGGAAUGGCCCCUGCACACCUGGAUCCAGAGCUCCGGCACCGGCUGCACCGGAAAGGCUGGAAGACCCCCAAGGUGGCCCUGAUGGAGGUCCAGAAGCUCCUUCGCAGUGUCAUCAUCUUCCUCCUGGGCUUUGACAUCCUGGGGGGCUCCCGGAGCAACGAGGGGGCAGAGCAGUUCCAGGACUAUGGUGCCAACGUGGUGCUGAAGUGGGAGGUGCUGGGGGAGGCCCUGUGGUGCUGUGAGCGCCUGGUGACGCUGCUGGGCCGGGCCGAGGUGCUGUGCCGGGCCAGGGCCUUCUGCGGGGAGGCCCUCAGGCUGUCCGGGCUCCUGCAGGGCACACGGUGGUGCACGUCAUUCCUGCUGCUGAAAUCCCAGCUGGAGCUGCAGCAGGGGGAGCUGGAGCUGAGCCAGCUCAACCUCCAGCACACCCUGUUCCUGCUUCCCUUUCAGAGCCCAAACCCCCCCCAGGAGCCCCUGCUCCCACUCAAGAUCCACCCGAGGAAGGGCCACAUGGAGCCGAGGAGGCGCUGGGACCACCCCAAAAACCCCCCGGGGGAGGAGGACGAGGGGUUCCUAAAGGGCCCUGCCCUGGAAUUCGUGGCUCCUUCGAGCUCCCAGGACCCUCUGGGUGCCCUCACAGCCUCCCCCAAGCUGAAACCUGGGAAGAAGAUGAGCCUGGCCUUCCUCUCCCACCCCUGGAGCUGCCCCUGCUGCCUCUGCUCAGACCUGGUGGUGUCGGUGCUGGGCCUGCGCUGGGCCCUGGCCCAGGCCCGGGGCCGGGUCCUGGCAGGGGAAGGGGCUGCGGGGGUGGCCCUGGUGAGGAGGGUCCUGCCCCGCUGUGCCGGGGUGGGCCACAGGUUUGCCAGGGAGCUCAGCAACAGGCUGGGGGGACACCAUGGAAAAGGGGAGCCCCCCGGGGACAGGGACCACCCCAGGAACCAGGACAUCUCUGGGAAUGGGGACCCUCCUGGGACUGGGGACCCCACCAGGGACAGGGACCCCCUUGGGAACCAGGACCUGGGGCUGCAGGACCCCUGUGAGGACCAAGACCCUGCUGAGAACUGGAAUCUGCCCACCCUGGACCCCCAGAACCCCUCCAGAACGAGACCCCAGCCCACCCUGGGCCUGCUGGACGAGCUGGUGGCCAUGGGCUACUCCACGCUGGCCCUGCAGAGCCUGAGCGCGCCGGGGGGGCUCUGGGACCCCCAGGACGAGGAGCUGGAGUGGGGAUUGGCCUUCCUGGGGUCCUGCAGCCCCCACCUGCCCAGCCUGGGGGUCUCCAGGGCCACCCUCCUGCUGGCUAAGGCCAUGGCCACCCUUGGCCACCUGGCCACCAAACUGGGCCUCUCUGUGGACGAUGUCCUUGCCCAGGGCUGGACCCUCCAACUGCAGCCUCCCCCCCAAAAAAAGACCCUGAAAGACUCCAAGGCUGAACCCCAAAAGCACAAACCCGCCCCCCCCCAGGCCAGGGGGGUGAAGCCCCGUGGGGUGGAAACCCCCAAGCAGAAGCCCUCCAAGGAGAAGCCCCCCAGAGUGAAGCCCCCCAGGGUGAGCCCACCCAGCCCCCAGGACGUGUUUGCUCCGGGGGACUUGGACUCUGAGGUUGUGCCCCCCAUUGUCAUCAGGGGGCCCUGCACCCCCCACCCCAAAGCUUUUCCCUCCUUCCCGGGGCUCCCCAGCCUCCCCAGGACCCCCUUCACCAUCUACAACGAGGCCUCACCCCCUCCUUGCAAGGCUCAGCUCAGCAGAGCCCCCAGAGCCCAGGGGAGGGUCAAGUCCCGCCUAAAGGUGACAUUCAGUGAUGACAGCGACCUGGAGGAUCCCAAAGCCCCCCCCGAGUGCCUCAACCACCCGAAAAACAUCCUGUGCCCGCAGGAGGGGGCAGCCCCCCAAGUCCCCAGGAUCCCCAAAAGGGGAACCCGCCGGGCUGGGGGUCCCAGGGGGAAGAAGGAGCAGGAGACCCCGCAAAAAGGGGCUCAGGAGGAGAAAACAAAGCAGGGACCUCCCUCUCAGGGGGUGCUGGAGGGGCUGAACUCCCUGAGGGCCGUGGGAGAAGAGGAGGAGGAAGAGCUACGGCGCAGCUUCGAAACCUUGCAAGUCUCCCAGGAGUGGGGGGGACCCCCAGGGAGGGUCCAGCCCAAGGCCAGUGAGGAUGUCCCAGGCAGGGGGGACCCCCCACUAGGUUUGGGGGCACCCCUGCCCAUGGCUAGAGGUCACCCAUCCCUGGACUCAGUUUUGGAGCUGCUGCAGGAGGCCCUGGGCUGGAUCAGCCACUUCCCCCCGGGGUCCCUGUACGGGGGGCUGUGCCAGCUGCUGGCCCUGCUCACGGGGGACAGGGACCCCCUGGGCACAGCAGGGCUGCUGUCGGAGUCCCUGUGUGUCACCGCCCGCCACCAGCUGCUGGGCAUCCUGCACAGCCGGGCAAGGAAGAAGAGGAAGAAGGAGAAGUUGGGGGGGCACGUGUCGGAACAGCUCCGGGGCCUUUCCCUGCGGGAAGGGGGGGACCCCCCCCAGCCCUGCCCCCGCCUGGCCCAGCUCGAGGGGCUCUUCCAGUUCAGCACCUCGGGGCUGGGGGCUCCAGAGAGGGAACAAUUCCGGGAGCAGAUCCAGCAGAUCCCCAGUGGGGUGACCGUGGUCCUGCUGGCCCUGGGCAGCCCCUACCCGGGGGCCGUUGGGGACACUCUGCUCCUGACGCGGCUGGAGAGGGACAUGGAGCCCCUGAGCAUCCGGAUCCCCACCCACAGGUCCCAGGCCCCCCUCAGCUCCAUCCUGAGGGAAUUUGAGUCGAUCCAAUGCGAGCAGAAGGAAGCCAACGGAUGCACAGACAAGCAGGAGUGGUGGUCACGGCGUUCCCGGCUGGACCAGAGGAUGAAGACCCUCAUCCAGAGCCUGGAGUCCCAUGUUUUGGGGUGCUGGCGGGGGCUGCUCCUGCCCAGGCCCCCUGGGAGCUCCCCCAGCUUGGCCGAGGAAUCCUCCCGACUCAUCCCGGAGCUGCGGAACUGCGGCUGGAACGACCCCGACCCCGCCCUCGUCCAGGUGCUUCUGAAUGGGGCCCCUGCACUGACCCCCCCCGAUGUCCAGGCCUUGGCCUUCGGCCUCUGCCCGGCCCGGCCCCUCCGGGCACGGCUGCUCCUGGAGGAGGCCCUGGAGGGGGCCCUGGAGAGGGACCGAGGGGACAGCGGGGGGUCCCUGGUGCUGCUGCUGGACAAGCACCUGCAGCGUCUCCCCUGGGAGUCCCUCCCGGCCCUCGGGGCCGUGCCGGUGACGCGGCUCCCGGCCCUGCGGUUCCUGCUCAGCUACAUGAUGGCCCAGCAGAGCUCAGGGUCCGUCCUGGCCCGGGGGGUGAACCCCAAAAGCACCUUCUACGUCCUGAACCCCCACAACAACCUGGGGGGCACCGAGCAACGUUUCCGGGCCUGGUUCGAGAGUGAGCCGGGCUGGUGCGGCGUGUCUGGCUCUAUCCCGACCCCGGAGCAGAUCCAGGAGGCCCUUCUGGAGCAUGACCUGUACAUCUAUGCAGGGCACGGGUCGGGGGUGCGGCUCCUGGACAGACAGACCCUUUCCCGGCUGGAAUGUCGAGCUGUGGUGCUGCUCUUCGGCUGCUCCAGCGCUGCCCUGGCCCUGAGGGGGGGCCUGGAGCCCACCGGGACCGUGCUCAGAUACGUCAUGGCCGGGUGCCCCCUGGUGCUGGGGACGCUGUGGGAUGUCACUGACCGGGACCUGGACCGCUUUGCCCAGGCCCUGCUGCGAGGUUGGCUGGGGGGGGGGCCCGGGACCCCCCUCCUGCCCCACCUGUCCCGGGCCCGCCAGGCCCCCCGACUCAAAUCCCUCAUCGGGGCUGCGCCCGUGGCCUACGGGCUGCCCGUGAGCCUCAGCUGAGGGGGGUCCCUCCCAUUGCUUGUGGUGUGGGCUGGAGGGUCCCCCAGUUGGUUUUGGGUCCCCCCUGUUACCUACAGGCUCCUCAUCUCCCUG